UUAUAGGGACUCAUGGAUCCAGAGGCUGAGACCAAUAGGACAGCGGUUACUGAGUUCAUUCUACUGGGUCUGGUGGAAACAGAAAACCUACAGUCGGCUGUCUUUGUACUCUUCCUCUUUGCCUACCUGCUCACAGUCGGGGGCAACCUCAGCAUCCUGGCAGCCAUCCUAGUGGAGCCCAAACUCCACACCCCCAUGUACUUCUUCCUGGGGAACCUGUCAGCACUGGACGUUGGCUGCAUCACCGUCACGGUCCCCUCAAUGUUGGGUCGCCUCCUGUCCCACACGCGUAUGAUUUCCCAUGAAGCCUGCCUCUCCCAACUCUUCUUAUUUCACCUUCUGGCAGGGGUGGACUGCUUCCUGCUGACAGCCAUGGCCUAUGACCGAUUCCUGGCCAUCUGCCGGCCCCUCACCUACAGCACCCACAUGAGCCAGAUGGUCCAAAGGAUAUUGGUGGCCGUGUCCUGGGCUUGCGCCUUCACCAAUGCACUGACCCACACUGUAGCCAUAUCCACCCUCAACUUCUGUGGUCCCAAUGUGAUCAAUCACUUCUACUGCGACCUGCCCCAGCUCUUCCAGCUCUCCUGCUCCAGCACCCAGGUCAAUGAACUGCUGCUGUUUGCUGUGGGCUUCAUAAUGGCAGGUGCACCUUUGGUUCUCAUCAUUACCUCCUACAUUCACGUGGCAGCUGCGGUCCUGCGCAUCCGCUCUGCCGAGGGCAGGAAGAAAGCCUUCUCCACAUGCGGCUCCCACCUCACGGUGGUUUGCAUCUUCUUUGGGACUGGCAUGUUUAACUACAUGCGUCUGGGCUCAGAGGAGGCUUCAGAUAAGGACAAAGGGGUUGGGGUUUUCAACACAGUUAUCAACCCCAUGCUGAAUCCACUCAUCUACAGCCUUAGAAACCCUGAUGUUCAAGGUGCCCUGUGGCGGGUGCUUGUGGGGAGAAGAUCACUGACCUGA